AUGACCGAUCUUACCAACUUAGCCAAACUGUGGAAAUAUUCCCAGCUAGGUGCGGUCAUGCUUCAAGAAAGCUGGCUCCACAACAAAAUCGAGGAUGAAACAGUAUACCUGGAUGGUUUCGCUAACCAUCGAAUCGAUCAGCCUGAUGGCAAUCGGUUGUAUGUUGCCCACGCAGCUAUUUCAACUCAGGUCACCCCGAAAUCAUCGCAGAUGUCCAGAGAACAACAAGUGUAUAAUCGAAUUCGAAAAGGAUGUGAAGCAGCUGUUCGCCCACUCGUCAAUCCGGAUGAUACACUGGUCGUUCAGGUUAAAGUAAAACUACAGCAACUUGUGGGACUGGAUGAAAGGACCCAGGUGCUCACAACUUUGGUAUUUAUUGAACAAUCAUGGCAAGACGAUCAACUGCGAUGGAACGAGACGGAAUACCGCGAAGUGCGCACAGUUCGGGUUCCGGCAAAUUAUGUUUGGACACCGGACACUUAUGUUUUUAAUAAUGCUGAUACCUCCAGUUCCGGUUUCCUCAAAGGCCUGCAUGUGCUAGUCCAUAAUUCAGGAAAAGUGAUUUGGCAAGUCCCAAUGCAAAUGAAGACGUCCUGUCAGGUGGAUAUUGUCAUGUUUCCGUUUGACGAACAAGUAUGCGAUAUCCAAAUGGGAUCAUGGAUCUACAUGCCAGAUUGGGUGACAUAUCGGUUUCACGGCAGCCUAUCCAGAGGCGCCCAGAUUCAGUCUUCGUAUCCAGAAAAAAUCAUUGCUUUAUCCGCAUGUCACGAUACAAAGAACAGUCACGAAGCGUUGGAUAUCUCUUCGUUUUGGGAGAGUAGUGAGUGGAUGUUACUUGGGGUGGAACUACUUCAUUCGAGUCGUUCAACCACACAACUAAUUGCUUGGAAAAUGGGAUUUGGUCAGAGACCAGAAAACGUGGUUCAACCGAAGUCUUUCAAUCAAACCACACAAAGCGAUUUAGUGCUCCGUUUACACUUGAAACGUCGCAGUUUCUUCUAUUUGUGGAAUAUAGUUAUCCCCUGUGUGAUGCUCACACUGCUUACUAUCACGGUAUUUUGCACUCCGGUUCAAUCGGGAGAGAAAAUCACAUUGGGCCUAUCGGUUUUUCUCGCCUUUUCCAUGUUUAUGGUACUCAUUGCAGAAAAGGUGCCCCCAACAUCAACAGGGAUUCCGCUGAUAGUCGUUGGUGUUACCAAGGAGUAUUCGGGUGGAAAAAGUAAUUCGGUGUUUGUAAUUCGUCGUACAAGCUUCAGCAAUAGUCGUGAUCCUGUUCUUGGCCAUAUCAAUGCUCGAAUCGGUUCUGUCCACAGAAACCGGAAACGGGGAGUGCGUUUCUACAAUGUGUAA